UCGAAAUUGAAAUGAACACGCAAAUCUUGUAUAAUGCAAUAGGACUGCAACGUUGCUGGCUUAGGAUUCCGCCAUUUAGAGCUUGAUAACCGCAGAAGCAACGGGAUAGUAUGCCUCCAAGCCCAACGAAACAACAAAGCAACAACCAACUAUAUAAACCCUCUCAAGCUGCAUCUUUUCUACCAGCAACACCCUCUCGACAUGGAGAUCUGUGAGGCGCCGCGGCGGUAUACUAUGCAGGGCAGCGUGACGGCCAGGCAGCUGUUGGAUACGUCUUCGGUGGGGUUCGCAAAGGGGUUUGUGAGGUUGACGCAUGUGGAGGAUGGCGUUUUUCUUGGCUGUGAAUUUGGCCUUUGGAGGGUUGAUGAUUCGCAGCAAUGGAGUAUGGAGCUGACGCCAACUUCUUUCGCAGCCGGCACGACUCUCCAGAACCUUUACUUUGGCGCGGCGGAGAGCAGCAUCGAUCGGAUCCCUUUGGGCUGUGAUACUCGGAGGCGUCCACCGGGCCAAAUUCUCCGGUGCUUGCGAGAGCGUACUUUGAUCUCCCAUGAGGAAUCUGUAGAGAACGGGUCCACCCUCUCCGUCCUCCCACGCCACAUAUUCCGCGGGCAUACUCACCACCUCCCUGACGCCGUGAACCUCGACGGUGGCAUAUUCCUGGUCGACUGCAUGUACGCCGCCAGCAACGCCACCGUCGACUUUGGCCUCAAAACUCCCGGCUCGGGCAAGGUGAUCCGCGUGCCGUACGAGUUCAUCUGGCGGCCAGGGUCGGACUGCGCACUCGCCAUGCUCGAGGCCGCAGACGAGAACUGGCCGCGUACGUCUGGGAUUUGGAUUUGA